UUCCUCAAUGCCUUCGGAGAACACUUAGGUAACUUAACCCUAUUUUAAUACUAAAAUUACGAUUAUAUUAUCUCAAUAUCACUUGACAUUAUAUUUUUUUUUAGAUUUCUAAAAAAUCAAAACAUAUUAAGAAAAACAAGACAGAUGUUCAUGAAUAUACUGAGGAAAAGAAGAAGGAAAUUGAAAAAGAAUACUCACAAAUAAAAAAAAGCCAUCAAUUACAAGAGUCAUAUGAACCCAAGAUCUAGAAUGUGGUCAGCACAGUGAUCCUGAAAAUGAAGACCAAGACAGGAGAAGAUAUUGAUAAACUGGAUUUGGACAAUCUGGCUCACACAUCUCAAAAUUGUGAAUACAAAAAAAGUCGAUUUCCUGCUCUGAUUCAGAGAAUAAAAGAUCCUAAGUCAACUGCCCUGAUAUUUGAAGCUGGUAAGAUGGUGAUAACAGGUACCAAAGGUUAGAAUGAGGCAGAAGAAGCUGCUAAUAAAUUUAAAAAACAGAUAGAGAAGAACAACAGGAUUAGUAUACAAAUAGGCGAUAUAUAAACAAGUAACAUAGUAGCCAACAGCCAAUUGCCUUAUGAAGUAAAUCUGAUGAAAAUAAAUGAUGACAGAAGUUUACAAGGAUCUAUCAGCUAUGAUCGAUCAGCAUUCCCUGGAUUGAUUUAUAAGAUGUAAAAUCCUAAACUUGCUGCCCUCAUCUUCUAUUCAGGAAAGAUAGUCUUCACAGGGGCAAAAAAUGAAACUUAAAUCAAAGAUGCCUCAUUGGUCUUAUUAUUCAAGAUCCUCAAAAAACACUAAUAAGAAAAAAACAAUAAAUGAAAGAUAAGAAUUAUUGAAUAUUUUUGUGUUGUUUACAUAACUACGUUUUUAAUAUUUUAGUAAUAUUCACUAUAAAA